AUGAGUAGACUGUCUUCUCUCCAGCAGCUGAACUCGAAGCUAGCGCAUUUUGAGACGAGAAAGGCUGGAUUUGCUAGAGCGUUAAAAGAAUGUGCUAGCCUAAGUGGAGAACCAGAUAACGAUACGUAUUCCCACCUACUCAAACUCUGCUACAAAGAGAAACUCUUUAACGAAUCAAGAGCACUCUUCUCUGAGAUAAACAAUCCAACUAAUGAACACUGGAAUCAACUUAUAAGCACUGCUAUCACUUCAAAUCAGAAGACUUCCCUCGUUAGCUCUUUAUUGGAAAAGAUGCGUCAAUCAGGUUUUAACAUUAGUUCACGUAUUCUUGAUGAAUUAGUCGCACUCAACACCCGCAAGAAAUCACUCGAGGGUUCUCUCAAAGUAUUGCAGGAAUAUAGUGAGGAAGUGCAGCCAUCAUACGAAUCUAUUGGGAAAAUAGUCACUUUAGCUGCACAAUCAGCUUCACCAAGGUUGGCAUUCGAAAUCGCAUUCGAAUUUGAAGCAUCCUCGCCUAGAAGCUUAACAGUCGAUACCUGGAUGACUAUUCUGCGGUCAUGCGCUUAUUACCAUUACAUGCCUGGUAUUGAGCACGCAUGGACUAUUGUCGUCAGCGAAAAUAGCUCAGCAGUCGACGAAGGCACUUGCUUAUUGGUUUUGAACGCCUGUGCUAGACAGCCGAACCCUCAAUUAGCAACUUGGGUUAUCUCCUCACUUAAAUCUCAGCAUAUUCCUUUGCAAGAACAUCAUCUAGCACCUGUCAUACAAGCGUAUGCAGCCACCGGCAACCUCAAAGAAGCAUUCCCAAUACUCGGCAUAAUGAGACAAAACAAAAUCCAACCGCAGCUCGAAACUGCUCAGCCAAUACUAGACAAUAUUAGUAAAUCAAUCGAUAACGUUGACGAAGCUUAUUACUUGCUGCAUGAUCUUAACAAACAAGGUGAAGCGAUGGAUGUAUCAGCUGUGAACGUUAUCAUUUCAGCAUGUGUAAAAUUAGGCGAUAUGCACAGAGCGUUAUCCACAUUCCAAGAAAUUGACCAAUUCAAGGUCAAACCUUCAACUGAAACAUACAAUAUUUUACUAUCUGGAUGUAUAGAUGGUUCUAAUAGAAGUCUGGGUGAUAAACUUCUCACAAUGAUGAAAAAGCAAAAUGUACAACCGGACGCUAGAACAUUUGAGAGAUUGAUAGUCCUUUGUUUAACUCAAACGGCAUACGAAGACGCCUUCUUCUAUUUGGAAGAAAUGAAAGGUGCAGGAUAUAUACCGCCUCAAUCAGUUUAUGAAACUCUCAUCCGUCGCUGUUACAGCCUCGGUGAUUCGCGAUACAAAAUAGCUUUAGAAGAAUUAAGAGAGUGUAAAUACAAGCCUAGUAGAUCAUUAUUAAAUUAUAUUAAAAUGUAACUUUAUAAAUUUUUAUUUCUCCG